AUAGCAGUAGCUCUGAUGGUAAAGUCGAGUCAGAUAGAAAGAAAAGUGUAAAAAGGAAAGUCGCAUUUACGGACCGAUCGUUCUGUGGGAGCGUUUGGUUAAUAUUUUAAUUUUGUGCUUUACUUUUGGAAGAUCAUAUAUACUGUAGAAAUCGGUAGUACAAUUGCUGACUCGGAAAUAAUCUCAUUUCUUCGAUUGGUGACUGGUGGCCGAUGUUUACUGAUAUAGUUUAAUGCAAAAGUCGCCCCAUUUUGAGGUCAAAAGUGCAGUCAUCAGUUGGAAACACGGACGCAUAGGCAGUGGCUCUGCUGUCAUAGAAAAGACAAAGAAGAAAAAAGGAACGGUUUGUGGACGAAACAAGCAGUAAAGAGUAGGAAGGAAAAAAAUCAGUAGGCGCUUUAUUGCCAGACGUGAAACUCCAUUUUUUUUCUUUGCGGUCGUCUGUCUCUCUCUCUCUUUAUUGCCUUCUCGCGUUGCUGUCGACGGCAGCAGAGCAGUCUAGAGAGUCAGCAAUCUCUCGUAGUUCGAUACGUCUGGGAAGGAUAGGAAGCAGGCAAAUAAAAAUACUACGAAUAGUACAACUACGACGACGUAGGUGAAGACGGCGACUCAGGCAGCAUUGGAUUGGAGUAGUGGCACCAGCCAGUCAGCCGGAGUUUAUGUGUGAGCAUGGAAAGGAGGGCGGGGGAAUUUGUUUUAGUGGUGAACUAGAAUAGCAAAAAGAGACAGCGGUGUCGUCUAAAGUUGAUUAAUCAAGUAAAAUAUGUAAGCUCGGUCGAGUCUGCACUGGAUUUUAAGUAACAAUCGGAAACGGAACAGAGAAAAUGAAGUAAAAAUAUUGUUCACAUAGUGAUUGAUUGUAGCACUCGUGCACAAAAACACUUGCACAUGCAGCUUCGAUGAAGGCGAUGGAAAAGGAAGGAAUUGAAAGCAUUAGACAAGAAUCGUGGUACGAGGAAAACGAAGCAUAAUGAAGCCAUAACACCUACGUUCACCAUCUGCUCGGCAAAAAGCUAAAAAACUGCUAGAUCCGGCGGGAAUAUUUCAACAGAAGGGCACAUGAAUCUGAGAUAUUCUUCGAAAAAAGCCUUUGACAGGUUCGUGAAGGUUGAAAAAUUGUCCAGUAAAUCAAAAUAUUUACAUAACACCAUCGUAGUGUCCAAAGUGCAUAGGUUGUUCGAAUAAAUGAUGUGUGUUUCUUAUUCCUUUGCAACUGUGUGUGUAAUAUACUUUGUAUCUGAAAAAAUACGUCAAAAAGUGUUCAAAUAAUAAAACGCUCGAAUUAACCCAAACACUAAUAGGAGCUCGAGAUAUAAAAAACGGUAAUAGACGGAAAAUAAUCCAGCAGACGGAAUAACAUAGCUUGUGGAAAUGAGUAAUUACUGCAACAGCGAUGGAGUGAAACAAAAGAUGAACUAUUCGAUAUAUUUAUUUGCACCAAUAAAUUGGAAAAUUUCGAUGUAGAUGAUCAAUCAACAGGAAAAUUGUUCUCUUUGUUUUCGUUUGGUUUUUACCUUAGUUUUGAUUCUCUACUACCAUGCGAAAAUUAAGUGUUAACACUGGCAUGUCACGACAAUCCAAAUCAGUGCCGCAAGCGAAAAAGGUGAUGCCACCGGCUAUUCCGGAUGUGUAUGGUAGAGUUGGUGGAACUAGCGCACAAGCGGCUACUUACGCAACGUCUGUCGCUGUCAGCAGCGGCAGUGGGGUGGACGAUAACAGUUUUCUUAUCCAGCAGGAAGCACCAUCAUCACUCAUGAUUCGAUACGAUCAUACGGACUUUGCCGAUGAUCAAGGAAUUGAUCUCACUCAAUCGCCAGGGCGGGACAGUCCCAUCAGUUUAUCUGGAUCAGCUGGUUCCGGCUCGCGCCAUUCGACAGCCAGUUUAGACUCUGGACGUGCUUCCUCCUAUUUGACCGGGGCGUCAACAUCUUCCAACCGUAGUGCCGGUGGUUAUGGGAUUCUCUCAUCACCGCGCUGUUCGGUUAGUUCAUGCUCGAUUGGCAGUGGAAAUCGAUUGAGCAACCAUUCGAAUCGCAGCGAUCACGACAUUAUCUCGGAAUGGCUAAUGGAGAUCCAUUUUCACGAGUAUACGUAUCUAUUUCUGGAGGCUGGUUAUGAUCUGUCGACCAUAGCGAGAAUGACGCCAGAGGAUUUAACUGCUAUCGGCAUUAAACAGCCGAAUCAUCGAGAAAGACUGAAGCGACAUAUUGACGCGCUAAAACUACCUGACGCUUUGCCUAAUUACGUCCCGGGCUCGAUCGAGGAAUGGCUUCGGCUACUGCGGUUGGAAGAGUACGUGCAACCACUGUUGGCACAAGGUUAUGAAACUGUGAAUGAUGUGACCCAGCUAACUUGGGAAGAUUUAGAAGAUGUAGGAAUAGUAAAACAGGGUCACCAGAAAAAGAUUCUUCUAGCUAUUAAACGUGUGAAAGAUAUCAUUAGUGGCAAAUUAGGUGGUUCAUAUAGUGCUCCGGUAGGUUUGGCGUUACUGCAACCAACUACUACGGCAUUACACUGCCAACCGAUUCGAGCUCCAUUUGAUGAAUCCCUAGAACCUAAACAACUAACUUAUUCAACGUUUAUGAGGCAGACAUCCACAGGGAACGAUCCGUACUACUGUUCUCAACAACAGCAGCAGCCACAGCAGAUUACCUAUCCUCAUGUUCGGUUUGAUGGCACACAAGCAAUUUAUCGUCGCAGUUCGUACGACGAUAGUGACAUAACACCCACAAAUGAAAUUUCUUCUCUUAUGAGCAACGAUCACCAUGGGACAGUUGCCCAUCAGCAGUACUUCCAAGGUGGUGGCACGCUUCCUAGACAACAUAAGGGUAAUAACUAUGGCAUUCGACUAACAUUAUGUCAGAAUCCACUCAGUGCAACAACACAACGGCAGCGACCAAUAGCAAAAAUUGUAGCAAACAACCUUAAGCUGGCGCCAUCUUCGGACGGUGGCCCAGCUCCUUAUCCAAAUCCAAUGAUCGGCCACAUUGAUAAUGUUGAAAUGGCCACUGCUGCGCUGGACGCCAUGCAUUUUUCGAAUUAUUCAUCCUUCAAUCCUCACCCGCUUAAAUACAACCAUACACCCGCUACUCAACAGCCUCAACCGAUCUAUCAUAAUCAAAUAAUCCUUCAACAGCAACAACAACAGCAGCAGCAGCAACAACAACAGUUCUAUUCUAGUUAUGCUGGGCAGACACAUCAAACUACGGUAGAAAUUCACAAAACCCAGCACGAUAACAAGAGUAAUUCCAGCUUGGAAUCAAUCGAUCAGAUUCCUUUCGCAAAUGAGAACGCGGGUACAAUUAAACAACGUUCGAUGAAUCGGACAGAGCAUCAUCCGAUGCAUACGACGCUCUCGCACUCUUCGUCCUCCACGUCGUCGUCCUCAUCCACAGGAUCGAUAACAACGACAUUGGCUGGUUGCAUACAGCAAUUGUCUCCUCCUCAAAAUGGCGAUCAGCAGCCAGUAUCAGGUCAACCGGCCAACUGCUCGAAAAUUGGUUCCGUAUCCGCAUCGACAAACGUUUCUCCCACACAAGUUGCUCAGGUUGGUGGUGUAGUUGUUGGGACAAACGUGUUGAACGACAUCGGUAAUAUGUUGGCUAAUUUAACAGACGAAUUAGACGCCAUGCUAGAAGAAGAAAAUCGCGUUGGUAUCAGCGAUGGAGAGUAACUAAUCCAUUACUAAUUUCGGAGAACAGCGUAGAACAGUGGAAAUAACAGAAGUUGGAUACGUACAGUAAGCGAAAGGUAAUACCACUAAUUGAACACGAGCCUAAACCCGCAAAAAUGUUUGCCGCCGAGGUUGGACUACAGUUAACGAUCACAAUCAUUAUUUCCAUGUUUCCAUUAUUUCCGCAAGCUGGUUCAGUUUAAUCUAAAUUCUAUCCUCUCCUGAGAGUCCUCAGCUGCCCAUCAAAUAGUUUUAUUGAACAGAAGUUUCAUCAGUUGAUAAACUAACCUGUUGGUGCACGUAUCGCUUAGUCGGGGAGGACAGACAGCUACAGAAUAGUAAGAGCAACAGCUGAGUUAGAAGUUGAAUGAUUAGGUUUAUUUUUUAUUUUUCUGCCGAUGAUGGUGUCGGCCAGGAUGACUUUUGGUUGAAAAUUAGUUUCGAAAAACUAAAGAUUCAAAUUUCUGGUUGAUUUCUAAGCAAAAGCCUGAACAUCGAUUUCAGAGGUUAAGAAGAGAGAUAAUUAAUGAUGAAUAAAUCAUUCUCUUAUGAUGGAACCUCGACAGUUUUAUUUCCAAAAUAUUUGUUUUAUAUGUAUUCGUUUAAUUCUAACGAAUUUUUGAACGAGUUAAGCAUCAUAUUCCGCGCCGUAUGAUGAAAGGAAAUUCUGCUGAAUUGUUUACAGCCGACAGGUUUAUUUUAUCAUCAUGCCACUAUUUCAAUUAACUCCUUUAAUAACGAGAAAAAUUUGUAGUAUGCGGACACCUUUUUCGGAUUCAAACUGUCACUUACCAUAAAUGUUUGUCUAUGUUUGGCGUUAGCAUCAUUAGGAUUAGUUUUGCUGGCAUGACGCGAAGUAUAUUGAAAAUAGAAGGUAUGAUAAUAGGGUAAUGAUAUAUGUAUUGAAAUGGUAGCUAAAUGGUUGGCGUAACUAUUUUACAAGUGUUAGUUUAAUACUGUACGUUAGAUCGCACCAUCUAUUUUCAAUAUACUUUGAGCAUGACGAACAAAGUAAAAUACAAACAUGAACGGCAAACCAAUUUAUGGGUGUCGUAAAUAAUAAACAUUUUUUUGUGUACGGUAAAACAUCGCGAAUUUCGCGUGUUCGUUGUUUUCUGUAUGUUUUGAUCGCGUGAGCUCAUCGUUAACCAAAUGACAACACCCACCUUGUGAGUUGUUCUCUUUUUGUAGCAUUCAUGUUGGUUCAUUGCUUACAGAUCGUUGUCAGGCUUGCGCUGAUUCCUGCUCCGAAGUGCAAAACAAAGCUACUAGCGAUACAAAAUGUGAUCUAUUUAUUUACUUUACAAUAAUUUGUUUAAUGCAAUUUUACUUAAAAAGCGAAUCACAGUCGUCCUAUUAUUUUAAGGAUAUACGAGGAGUUAGCAGCAACUUUGUUGGUAAACAAGCUAUGAUAGCAGCAUGUGAAAAUUUCCCAAGAAAGAGUAUAACAAGCCACAAAAGCAAGAUUCAAAACAGUAAUUAUUUGACCAGACAUUCCUCUGCAUAGAAGCGAACAAAAGAUACCAUACAAGCUAUACGCAAUCUCAAAUCUUUGAACUUUUAUGAAACAGCUACAUGUUAACGCUAAGAAACUAAAAAAAAAACAACAACAGCAGACACGAGUCAUCCAUAAACACCAGUUUAGUACCAGAUAUAUGAACUGAAACAUUUCCAAUAAAUACUUAUAUUAAUAGAAAAACAAACUGAACAAAACUGCGUACAUACCGAUAUAUUUUUAGAAGUUUCCAGCUCGCGGAAUGAUUUUCAACCUUAUGCUUUCGUUUAUUUACAAACAAUCGUCCAACGCCAGACUAGAACCGAACACAUGCGUACGAAAUUAGAGUUUAAAAGGAAGAAGCAUGAAAGAAGAAAACGGCAAAGAAACAAAAUGGUUAGCAAUAUGUUCACAGACUGUGGUUAUAUAGUUAGUGCGUAUGAAUCCAUAAAACAUUUUCCUACUACCGUAAGCGCACCGAUGAUGAGUUAAUAGUUUUCAUUCGGUAUGUGCGAUCUCUAUAAUGAUUCUAUUCGACAAGAGAACAAAUCGGUAGCAAUACUCAGCGAUAAAAAAAAACGAAGGAUAGCAUUAAAAUGCAACCAUAUGCGUUAGGGUGAGGCCUUAGGUGAUGUCCAAAUUCACCCGCAAAUAAGAGCACGAGAACAUGAGCACAUCAUCUCCGGAGUAACCGAGAGAAAUAUGGUUUUCUAUGUCCAUUUUUUCUGUUCUAAAGACAAAUUCGGCGUUGAAUCCAUCGUCGGUUGACGACGUGUGAAAACGAGCCGACGCACAGUGGUCGAAAAGGACUGAAAUCAGGGCGAAAUUAAUAACUUCUCAGGGUUGCCUCCUAGAUGAACGAUGUCUUCUCGAAAGUUGAUCGUGAAACCAGUGGUCAACUUUUGGUAAUGGCUAUGUAGUUCAAAAUUUCACCGCUAGGGCGGCGCUGUCACUAACUUCUCAAGGAAGCAAAAUAGAAGGAUAAUGUCUAAAGGAAGUUUGUAGAGAAUAGUAUUUUGAGAAACUCUUCCUUGUAUAUGAAGUUAGUACCUGAUGUAUUUUUCGAGAAAUUUAGCAAAUAAUCUCAAAAAACUUGAUGUACGGCUACUUAUAGCAUGUUGAAGAAGAAAACUCCGGAAAAUCUCGAACUUCACGAUCCAGGUAUAUCAAACAAAGUUAAGGUAUGCGUAACGGCUAUCAACAUUUAGGUAGUUUGAAUUUCAAUUUUAUGAGUGGCGUUCUAAGCUAACAUUGCUUGCUAAAAAAUGUCCGCUUGCGCGUCGCACGCUCGUUUUUGUUUUUAAUAUUGUGAACGUUUCGGCGAAAAUUGCCCAGAAAACUUUUUUGUUCCAGUCUCUAUGAACACGAGGGAACAUUAUAGUCUUUGAAUGAGUGCGGGUAUCGGCGGGGAUACCAUUUAAAACUCUACACAAAGUUGGAGUGCCAAAUAUUAUUUUAUACUUAUUUUGUGGAGAGCUUAUUCCCAUGAAACAACUCUAAAAAAGGAUAACUGAAGUUGUAAGAAUGCUAAAGUAAGGCCUUAUAAUCAAUUUGACACUAUUGUAACCUUCAUUACUACUUCUGCAUUCUGUAAUAAUUCACCAGAGUAAACAACGUAAAAAUAGACAAGUCGUGAGUGCACAAGAAGCCAACUUUCUCAACUAAGUUAAAUGUAUGACAACAAAAAUAAUACCAACAUUCUGAUGAUUUUUCACUAGCUUAAACUCUGAAGAAAUGAUUCCUGAAUAGGGCUUGCUCGAUACAUUAAGUUAAAAAAAUGACUUUUUUCCGACUUUAUGCAGUUCCAGACCACUGUGCGACGGAAGAAGACGGCAGCGAUAAAAGUAGGGCAAUUUGGCCGAAAAAACGCAUGGCCUGGUGAUCAAGCUCAAUAUCUUGCGACGUAAACAAUAGAUUAAAACUGCAAAACUUCCGUAUUAUGCACGCAAAAUUCAGGGAGGCCCAUCUCACAGAUAAGUGGACAAGUUUUAUAAUUAUAAAAGAAUUAAAAAGCUAUAAUUGCAUAUCAGAUUGAUGUUCAAAUUUUUUUGGAAAAGAACCUGAAACUGACGCAAACUUAUCAGGAUUAGCUUUAAUUCUUAGGCCCGAAUUUUUUAAAAUUGUUACAUUCGUGUAAUUUUUAUUUAUUUUCAAAUUCCUAUAAAUCAUUAGCAGCUAGAGGUUUCACACAAAGAAAAUCAGUCACAUUGCAGUAGAAUCUGACUUGUUUUUCAAUACCUUUCAUCUUGCGUAGUCGCAUUGUGUUUAUCACCCAUUUUAGAAUCAGGGCAACAUUAACUAGAGCAUCUACGAGCAGUGCAUAAGUUAGCAUGUGCGCACGAUUCUGAGCUCGGCAGCGUCAUGAUCAAGCUGGCCGAUCAUUUGCUUUCAAACUGAUACGGACCAGCAUCAGCAGUGACAUCAAACAAAUCUAAACACGCGCUGCUGGGAAUCACAGCUUUAACGCAAUAAGCCGAAUGAAAACAUACGUACAUUCUACCGCGACCGAUGAAAUGAUUUAUGACUUAUACGCAUUGAACAUCACAUAGGUAUACCACAGAGAAAUGUAACAGCUUAGAGUCGCACAUAUUCGUAUGGAAAUGUUUUUUUUUUUUAAAUUUUACCAUGAACGCAGCCAUUUGUGUAUAAAAGCACAUGCGUGAGUCCGACGCAGCCAGUAGAAACUGAAGAGCGACUGUUGUAUGGCUGCGUCGCCUAAAAGCUUUCCUUCCGGUACUUGCUGCCUUCUCAGACAAAGAACGAAAACAAAUCAAUGAAAAUGCUUACCGUGUUUGUCGUAUUAGCAGGUAUAAAUGUUGAGGAAGAUACAUUUAACAGUACCUACACGUAUUGGACUGAUUUGGCUCAAAUUAUCGGUAUUUUGAAUAAUUACAAACACAUUUUGUUUGAGGGUCGAGUCCGCUUAAAAAAGCGUAUACGCAUCGUAACGAAGCAAUUUCAAAUGAGUAAUCAAAAAGAAAAAUAGUCUAUCAUUGGGAAAGAAAAUUAAGAAGAAUGAAAGAGUAUUAAUCUACUUAAGUCAUUUGUUGUAGUUUGUAUGAUAACAAACACGUAGAGCAAAUCAAAACAGAUAAGUAAAUGGUAAAUAAUACAAGUUAUCUCUAUACAUGGUUUAACGUUCAACGACUCCAUUAGUGUAAGUUACGUCGAGAUCGGUUUUUCGGCGAUGCUAAUAAUGUCGAAUUCGUUUUUGCGGCUGGACUGCACCAAAACUACACCCCACGUGCUACUGUUAUUUUUUAUAUGGGAUUUGACAUUUGUAGUACGUGGGGUGUAGUUUUGGUGUAGUCCCGCUGCGAAAAUGAUUUCGACAUAUCCGUUUCUGCAACGAAAAAACGAAUAUACGAACAAAGCUGUCAUUUUUCUGUAUGGAAUUUGCCGGCUUUUGUGUUUGUUGUUGGUGUUUUCAAACUACACUUUGCUUAACCCUUCCUCCACCAUGGUUGCUCUAGAGCAUUCUAAAGUUUGGAUGCAAAAAAAAAAACCGUUCAAAACAUCCACCAAUCUUGCUCAAAAUGUAUACAUGUAUUCUUGAACAAUCAAUAUACUGAUUGUUUAAGAAUAUAUUUAUGCAUUUUGAGUAGCAUUGCUAGCUGUGUUGCUUUUUAGUAACCAUGGUAAAGAGAGGGUUAAUUCGCGUUUCGUAGUUUGGACAUAGCUACACCGCGAAAACGAAUUCGGCAAUAGUUUGAGUUCCGUUCGUUGUUGUAAUAACUUCUUUCUGGAUAAGUGUAAAAGAGGAAUUAUUGAAGCUUUUCAAGCUCAAAACGCAGAGACAGCGCGUUUUUUGUCUCAAAUUCUAAGAUUUAAAUGAAACUUAUGAUGGCUUGUACACACAUGCAUUUAUCUUCCCCAGUAUUCAUUCAAAAGAGUGUAUUAUCAAACUGAUUGAUUUAUCGCCAAAAAAAUUAAAACCUGAAUACUACUAAACUAGUGAAAACUGUAUUUCAAAUGCAAGACCGAUGUAUUCAAUAACCUUCGAUAAGCGCUAUACCUACUGCCGUUCGAAGCGUAGUUGUCUCAGCACGCAUAAGAUUUGUGUAGAAAUGAUGGGCAAGACAAGGUUCUACGCAUAAUUUCCUGCAAACUUUCAUGUAUAAACUGGUACUUAUUACGGGAAUCACUUCACGAAGAAAUAUAUUUUACUUUCACGCUCACUUCAUUUUUUGAGACAUAUCCCCCAUUCUAGGUGAGAUGCCAAAAAUUAGCUUCGUGAAGUGAGAUUGACAGUUAAGCGAAAAUGGGAUAGAACAAGUUAAAUAAGUUUCCUAGCUGAAAAAGUCCCAGAAAGUCAAUUUUUUCCGAAUUUUUUUUCUGGGAUAACACCAGAUCUCGACGUUUUAUGCAUCCCUAAGACAUUUGGCAUCUGAGUCAUUUUUUUCCUAAACCGUCAUAGUAUCUUUGCCAUUUACUUCUUGCAAUAAAUUUUCGUUGGUGAUUAGAAAAUUGAUCUGUUCCGUGUCUUGUUACUGAAAAUUAAAUCCAACGUCAUGAGAUUACAAAUCAAUAGAUUUUUAGGGCUUAUCCCAUCUUUGUGAAAUCAUUUCACUGUUCAAAAUAGUUGUGAAAUAGUUCCACGUGCAACGUCACUUUUUUCCGUUUUCACUUCAUUGAUAUGACACUAUGUAGGGCUGUAUCACAAUUCGCUCGGAUUUUACCGAUUUUACCGUGAAGUGACUCACGUGAAAAGCAUUACUUUUUUUGUUUUCCACGUUUCCUAUAAAAGAGAUUAGGAAAUGUAUCACCAUAACUUUGCAUGUUAUAUUUUUCAAUAAAAUAAAAAACGACUAAGCUUUUUUACUUUCAGUGUAUGUUUUUUGGUGAUGCUUUUAAGUAUUUAAAAGCUUAUGUUGAACUUCGUUCCAUUCGAGUUUUCAGGUUAUGAUUUUUUAACAAUAAAUUAGUCAAUUUCUUAGUUACACUCGAAGAAGUGCAACAUUAUGUGCUAGUCAACAUACCAGCAAAGUUUCAUUGCGAUCAGAGUUAGUCGCGUUCAGCAAUUUUGCUAUUUGACGUGAAAAUGCUCUAUAAGACAUUAACAUUGAAAUUUACUUCCACUCUCUACAGUAUCUGUUCAAGCGAAUUAGGACUUCCUGCCGGAUGAUUUUUCCACGAGUAUAUUCUAUGUCCAGUGAGAAACAAACUCGUGUUUGUUACCCUCAAAAGCGAAUGAAGCAACAGAUUAGAGAUAAUAAUAUACAGACAAAGGAAAAUGAAGAAAUGAGACAAAAGAACAAUAGGCGCAAACUAAACAUGUGGAAGAAAUAACACACACAAAACACUAGAAAACUGACAACUAAAAUAUACGGUUGGGAAAGGUAUUUUGUAGCAUUUAUUGAUACUAGCUGUAAGAAACAACCGAAUGUAGCAAAUACAACGUACGAUGUGGUACAUUAAAAAAUACAUUAGCAAAAAUAUUGAAAAAAUAGCGUGAACGGAUUUACGUAAGCUCUUCGUUAUUGUCAUGACCAUAACGACUUUUUAAAAACAACAACCAUUGCAACAAAUGAAAUACAAAAUCGUAUAGCAGAGUAAACAAAAGUAGAAAAACCAAUACUGUUUUUUCGUGUAGAGAAAAGGACGUAAAAAUGAAUCAUUUGGCAGCAACUUUGGAAGAAUAAAGUUAACGGUAUUGAAACUAAAAGUUGGAGUUGUAAUAUAGGUUUUUGUAUGUUUGUGUACGCAAAGAAUAGAGCACGUGAGAAGUUCGUAGUGGAAAAAUAACAUCAUAUUGAUACGAAACUGCUAUCUAUAUAUAUCUAUAUUAUGAUUAUUUUUAAUAUUAUUGCUAUUAUUGAAAGAAUUCGUGCUCGAGCAAGAAUGAUGUGUAGAACAGCAAACAUUAUUACAAUUAUAAAAAUCUAUACAACAACUUAACUAUAUGAACAAUAAAGCAUAUUAAAAAAAGUGUUUUCAACAA